AUGAAAUUUUCUCAAAUUUUUGGUGUUGCAGCUUUUGCUGUUACUUCUCAAGCUGCUGCUAUCCCAGCUGACUCGUUUGCACCUGGUGUUAAGGACUCCGUCGUCUCGGGUCCCGCUUACUCACAAUUGUUGCAAGUUUUAGGUGUUAGUGAAGCUACUGCACAAAAAUUGGGUUUGACUGAAGGACAAACCGCUGGUGACUUGGCUGAAGAGAUUGCUAAAUUGGUUGACCAACAAAGUGGAAAGCGUUCUGAUGUCGUUGAUGUGGAAAUUUCACAAAGAGACUUUCUCGGAGACCUCGAACAAAUCCCAUUGACUGUUUUGACUGACGCUCUCAACCUCUUGGCUAAGGGAGCCAUCACUGGUUUUGAUGAUUUGAUUAGUACUUUGGGAAUCAAUGCUACCGUCGCCAACGAGUUGGGCUUGUAUGCUACUCAAUCAAUCUCCGAAUUGAUCAACAAGAUUGCUUCUAUCGUCGAGACUGCCAUUGAAAACGGCUUCAAAGGAUCAAAGAGAGAUUUCCUCGGAGACCUCGAACAAAUCCCAUUGACUGUUUUGACUGACGCUCUCAACCUCUUGGCUAAGGGAGCCAUCACUGGUUUUGAUGAUUUGAUUAGUACUUUGGGAAUCAAUGCUACCGUCGCCAACGAGUUGGGCUUGUAUGCUACUCAAUCAAUCUCCGAAUUGAUCAACAAGAUUGCUUCUAUCGUCGAGACUGCCAUUGAAAACGGCUUCAAAGGAUCAAAGAGAGAUUUCCUCGGAGACCUCGAACAAAUCCCAUUGACUGUUUUGACUGACGCUCUCAACCUCUUGGCUAAGGGAGCCAUCACUGGUUUUGAUGAUUUGAUUAGUACUUUGGGAAUCAAUGCUACCGUCGCCAACGAGUUGGGCUUGUAUGCUACUCAAUCAAUCUCCGAAUUGAUCAACAAGAUUGCUUCUAUCGUCGAGACUGCCAUUGAAAACGGCUUCAAAGGAUCAAAGAGAGAUUUCCUCGGAGACCUCGAACAAAUCCCAUUGACUGUUUUGACUGACGCUCUCAACCUCUUGGCUAAGGGAGCCAUCACUGGUUUUGAUGAUUUGAUUAGUACUUUGGGAAUCAAUGCUACCGUCGCCAACGAGUUGGGCUUGUAUGCUACUCAAUCAAUCUCCGAAUUGAUCAACAAGAUUGCUUCUAUCGUCGAGACUGCCAUUGAAAACGGCUUCAAAGGAUCAAAGAGAGAUUUCCUCGGAGACCUCGAACAAAUCCCAUUGACUGUUUUGACUGACGCUCUCAACCUCUUGGCUAAGGGAGCCAUCACUGGUUUUGAUGAUUUGAUUAGUACUUUGGGAAUCAAUGCUACCGUCGCCAACGAGUUGGGCUUGUAUGCUACUCAAUCAAUCUCCGAAUUGAUCAACAAGAUUGCUGCUAUCGUCGAGACUGCCAUUGAAAACGGCUUCAAAGGAUCAAAGAGAGAUUUCCUCGGAGACCUCGAACAAAUCCCAUUGACUGUUUUGACUGACGCUCUCAACCUCUUGGCUAAGGGAGCCAUCACUGGUUUUGAUGCUUUGAUUAGUACUUUGGGUCUCAACGCUACUACCGCUAACCGUUUAGGACUUUACGCUACCGAAAACAUUGGUGACUUGAUCAAGCAAGUUAUCAACAUUACUGAGACUGCCAUUGAAAACGGCUUCAAAGGAUCAAAGAGAGAUUUCCUCGGAGACCUCGAACAAAUCCCAUUGACUGUUUUGACUGACGCUCUCAACCUCUUGGCUAAGGGAGCCAUCACUGGUUUUGAUGAUUUGAUUAGUACUUUGGGAAUCAAUGCUACCGUCGCCAACGAGUUGGGCUUGUAUGCUACUCAAUCAAUCUCCGAAUUGAUCAACAAGGUUGCUACUAUCGUCGAGACUGCCAUUGAAAACGGCUUCAAGGGUAAGAGAGAUGAUCUCGCAAGCAUUUUGAGUCAAAUUCCAAUUGACGUUUUCACCGCUGUUAUUAAUGGACUUGCCAAGGGUGCAGUCUUCGGUUUUGAUGAAGUUGUUGGAGAAUUGGGAAUCAACGCUGUCCUUGCCAACAAGAUCGGUUUGUUUGCCACUCAAACAACCUCAGAGUUGCUCAACACCUUGCUUCAUCUCGUUGAAACUUCCAUCGAAGAUGGUUUUGCCAACCCAUAA